AUGGCAGUCGUCGUAGAUAGAGACAACCUUUCAAAGAACCCUCUCAAGGCCGGCAUCUGGGGUGCAAUUUAUCAGACGACAAGGGGACCGCGUAGAACUUGCACAGCUGUCAAGAAAUAUAAGCUCCGAGACGACGCCGAUGUUACUGUAGUUCAACACGGUAUUCAACGUCUUCUUUCUAAAAACUUAGAUCAUAUUUAUGUGUCACCAAUUCUUGAUUCUUGGACAGAAGGGCUAUCAAUCUUCGUGGCAACCGAGUGGUACGAUGGAAAUCUUACGGAUUGGGUAUCCAGCGAAUACAAUGAUUCCGAUACAGCACGCCUCGAAGUCUGCCAACAGAUCUCCUCCGGUAUCGCCUAUCUUCAUGGGCAAGGCCUGACGCAUGGUAACUUACGCCCGUCAAAUGUGCUGUACAAAUCCACUCACACUCCUGGCGAGUUCAAAAUUCAACUCAGUGACUACGGCCUAGAAAGGCUCUUUUCCCGUGGUGCAAACGAUGAAUGGCCUGUGCCGGAAAUAGUCAACGGAAGUUCCAAGAAUGCUGAUAAAUCCUCUGACAUGUUUUUGGUGGGAUGCCUUUUCCUGUAUGUAUUCACUGGGCUCCAACCGUACGGCCUGAAUGUAGCGGAAAAUGUGAAAAACGGCAGCUUAGCUGUCGACCCGAGUAUCGUUGGUCCUGAGCUUCUGGAAACCGUGAAAUUCCUGCUCAACACAAAUAACAAAUUGAGAAUCAAGGCCUCGCUUCUGAAAGAACAGGCUGCCUUGAAAAGCAUAUUUCUCGAGGAAAAAGAGGAUCACGAGAUAUUGAAUCGACUCUUUUGA